GAGGCAGCAUUUGUACAAACAACUUCACGAGACCACGAAGGCCGUUUCGUGGUAGCCUUACCAACGCGUACUGAAAGGCUUAAUCAACUAGGAGUAUCUCGAUCUAGGACACAUGGAAGAAAUUCCAUCUGACCGCCAUGACAUUGGAAAGACAUAUUACAUGCCGCAUCAUUGUGUAGUACGACCCGACAGCCUCACGACUAAGCUAAGAGUCGUAUUUGAUGCAUCCAGUUCUACUGAUACAGGGGUAUCCCUCAACGAUGCACUGAUGGUGGGACCUUCAGUGCAAGAUGAUCUUUUGUCGUUGUUACUCCGAUUUAGAGUACCCAGAUUUGCGAUUUUGGCUGACAUUGAAAAAAUGUAUCGCCAAAUUUGGGUGAAGGAGUCCGAUCGUCCACUUCAACGCAUCCUGUGGAAAGAAUCUGCUGAUGAUAGAAUUCGCAUCUAUCAGCUGAAAACCGUUACGUACGGCACAGCCUGCGCACCUUACUUGGCCACCCGUUGUCUGCAAGCGUUGGCUAAGGAAGGAGAAACAAGAUAUCCCAGGGCAUCCAAGGUCCUCGAGCAAGAUUUUUACAUGGAUGACAUGAUCACCGGUGUGGAAUCUGUUGAAGAUGGCCGGAUUAUUUGCAGCGAAAUAAAUCAGCUUCUACAAUCGGCAGGAUUUCACCUGCGCAAAUGGGCUUCAAACUCGUCUGAGUUACUGGAGCAAAUACCAGCUGAACUACAAAUCGAGGGAGAUGUUUUGAACAUCGAUCGCAGCACAUCCAUCAAGGCUUUGGGUUUAAGAUGGAUGCCAUCAUCGGACCAGCUAGGGUUUAGUGUGCCUGGUUGGAAGGAAUCAGAAAUCAUCACCAAACGCAUUGCGUUAUCAGACUCAGCUAAGUUGUUCGAUCCUCUUGGACUGUUAGGACCAGUCAUUGUAGUAGCAAAGUGUUUCAUGCAGGAGCUCUGGAAGAACGAAAAUACCUGGGAUGAACCUUUGGAGUCUGAACGGCAACAAUUCUGGUUGCGCUUCAGAGAACAACUCGCUGAUCUGACUAGCUUGACAAUUCCACGACGAGCAAUUGGUGGAACAGUGCGAAUUGAAGCUCACGGAUUUAGUGAUGCUUCCCUACGGGCUUAUGGCGCCUGUAUCUACAUACGAGCAGAAUCGUCCGAUGGCCAAGUCUCAGUACGGUUGUUAUGUGCUAAGUCAAAGGUGGCACCGAUACCUAAUACCAAACGGAAGAAAAACGUGUCCCUUCCACGGCUCGAGUUGUCGGGAGCGUUGUUACUAUCACACUUAUGGCAGAAGGUGAAGCAAGGGGUGAAAUUGGAGCUUAAAAUCAACUUCUGGGUUGAUUCAACGAUAGUUCUUCAUUGGCUUUCAAGCAGUCCUUCCCGUUGGAAACAGUUCGUUGCGAACCGAGUUGCGGAAAUCCAGCACCCAACCUACAAGAUGCCUUGGAGUUAUGUGGCCAGCGAGCACAAUCCAGCUGACAUUAUUUCCAAGGGAAUGAUGCCUUUGCAGCUCAUGGAUUCCCAACUUUGGUGGCAAGGGCCCUCAUGGUUGCAUCUUCCAAGUCAAGCUUGGCCUACGAACAAACCCAAUACUGAAAUUUCCUCGGAAGAUUUGGAAGAGCGAUCGAUUGUAGCCACAUCUCAACAGGUACCGCCAAAUUUUCUAUUCGAUCUUUCUUCAUCUUACGAAAAAUUGGUGCGACUUACGGCAUAUCUGCUGCGAUUCAUGUACAAUUGUCAACCGACACACCGCGGAAAUCUACGAAAGGGGUUUCUAAAAAUAGAUGAAUUAGUGUCAGCGUCUCUAACGCUCGUUCGUCUGGCCCAACAAGAAACCUUUGCUGAGGAGCUUCGGGAUGUUCGUCAAACUGGAGCGGUCAAGCCGAACUCAAAACUGAAAACGCUAACACCUAUUCUGAAAGAGGGUAUCCUACGUGUGGGUGGUCGUUUGCGAAACGCGCCUGUUUCGUAUGAAUGCAAACAUCCGAUAAUUUUAGCGUUUUCUCACCCAUUGACCCUACUGAUUGCGCGUUCUUAUCAUCGACAAUAUCUGCAUGCGGGACAACAAGAGCUCAUAUCUAGCCUGCGUGAGAGAUUCUGGCCCCUUCGCGUACGCAACCUGGCACGAAAGGUCGUAUAUGAGUGUGUAAGUUGUUUCCGAUCCAAACCAACAACGGCAGAGCAAAUCAUGGGAGAUUUGCCCAGCGAACGCGUAAACCCAGUUCUCCCAUUCUACAACACUGGUGUGGAUCUGUGUGGUCCAUUAUUCUAUAGACAAACCAACAAGAAGGCUGCUCCAAUCAAAUGCUAUGUUGCUGUUUUCGUCUGUCUUGUGAUCAAGGCAGUACAUGUGGAGCUUAUUGCCGAUUUGUCUACUCCAGCCUUCAUUUCUACAUUGAAGCGUUUCAUAGCUCGUCGCGGUAAACCAUCCGUAAUCCAGUGCGACAACGCCAAAAAUUUCCGGGGAGCUGAUCGAGCGCUCAAGGAGAUGUAUGAGCUGUUCCAGAAACAACAACAUCAGGAUGCUGUUACAACUUACUGCGGAACGGAAGGGAUCACCUUCAACUUCAUCCCUCCGCGGUCACCCCAUUUCGGUGGGAUCUGGGAGGCCGCAGUGAAGUCGCUUAAACGGCAUCUCAAGGCGACGAUAGGAUCCAGUAUCUUGCGGCGAGACGACCUGGAAACUAUCUUAGUUCAAGUGGAGGCUUGUUUGAACUCGCGACCGUUAACUGCACUUUCCAACGAUCCAGAGGACCUGGAAAUUCUGACACCGGGUCAUUUUUUGAUUCAACGGGCGCUUGCAUCGGUCCCUGAGCCAUCUUAUGCUGAGAUUCCAGGCAACCGCCUGGACCGCUAUCAACAAUUGCAGGAGUAUGUUCGGCGGAUUUGGAAGCGAUGGAAUCGAGACUACUUGUCUGGUUUGCAUCCGCGUACCCGGUGGACUUCAAGGCGAGACAACGUUCGGGAGGGCACUAUGGUCCUGCUGAAGGAGGACAACCUUCCCCCUCUCAAAUGGCGCUUCGGCCGAGUGCUGAAGAUUUAUCCUGGUGAUGACGGCUUGGUUCGAGUGGUUGAUGUGAAAACGAAGGAUGGAAUUUACAGAAGAGCCAUCACCAAGAUCUGCAUACUGCCCGGACAGAAGGAAGACAGAGAGGUUUCGUAAUAAGGGUUGAAAGCUACCUUUCAACGGGGGGCGGCUAUGUUGAGUAAUGAAUUUGUACGGUAUAAACAUAUGACCUUCUGUCACUUGAAUUUGUUGCUUGGGAAUUGUAUUGAGGGGACGAAUGAAGGAAACAAGGAAUAAAGAAUGAGUCUAGCGCAAGCGUUCAAUCAGUACAGACGUUCCUCUCUCUACCAGUUGAGAAAUUCACUAACUAAAACAACAUGAAAGUAAACUCGUUUUUCGUGUGGUUGUGGUUCACAGCGCCAAAAAUAGAUCGCAAAAAGCAAAUUGUUUUGAUAAUAUUGUUCCCAUGCCACGAUCACUUGCGAUAUUGAUAUAUCGUCCAGUACGAAACACUUGAACGGACUGGACAAAGAAACACACUUAACCCGGAUUGAUUGACGAAUGUCCAACUCAUGGCAGGCAGUGUAAAAACACUUAUUAGCAAAAAUGACAACACAAAAUAACGCAAAACUCACCCCGCCCACCCUUCUAUAUAACCUGCGUGUGUUGUAAAUGAUCAAAACGAUCGAAUAGCAUGUGCAAAGCAUAGAAGGCACUCAAAAACAGACCCUGUGUUUUGAUUCCACUGGACUUCCCUUCUCCCUUCCUUUCCCCCUCUCCCUCCCCCUUCUGGCACUUUGGUCUUUCCCACUGAACGUGAUAGUUAAAAGUUCGUUAAGAUCGUCAGAAGCUACCUGAAGUGUUUUUGUA